AUGUCCUAAAUACCAUUAUCUAAAUAUCAUUUGCUUACUAAAAUUGGUUAAGGACUUUAUGGAGAUGUUUAUAAAGCCAAUAUAUUAGGAACUGAUUAAUAUGUUGCAGUAAAGAAAAUACGCAUAUAUGUAAGUUGAUGUAAAUUUAUAAAAGGAUGUUUCUGUUGGAGUACCAAUAACAGCUUUAAGAGAAACAUCACUCUUACAACGUAUUUAACAUAAAAAUGUUGUAAAGUAAUUCAAAUUUACUAUAUUGAUUAGAAUACUUGAAGUUGAAAAAAUACAUGGCCAAAUAAGAGUGGUUAUGGAGUACUUAAAAUUAGAUUUAUAAUAAUACUUGAAUGAAAAUAAAGACAGAUUAAGUGUAGAAUAGCUUAAAGUAAUACUUUUACUAUAAUAGAAAUUCAUGCAUGAUAUUUUAUCAGGAGUUGGGGCAUGUCAUAGAUUAAAUUGUAUACAUAGAGAUAUAUAACCAAAAAAUAUACUUAUUUAAGAUGAUGGUAUAAUAUUAUCAAAUUAUAUAAUAAGGAACUCUAAAGAUAGGAGACUUUGGAAGUGCUAGAGUAUUUCAAAAGUUUCCAUAGUUUUUCACUUCAGAUGUUUGUGAUUUAUGGUAUCGAGCUCCAGAAUUAUUACUGGGAUCAAAUUAUUACACAAUAGCUAUAGAUAUGUGGGCUAUAGGAUGUGUAUUUGCUGAACUUAUACUCAAAUAACCUUUGUUUUAAGGUGAAAAUGAAAUUCAUUAAGUCAAAUUGAUCAUUCCUAAUGUAUAAUCCUUUUAGACUGUUGUAAUUAUCAUAUCUUUAUUUAGAAUCUAAAUGAUCCUAAUCUAUAAAUAUAAUUUAAUGGCAUCAUUACUAAUAAACUCUAAAACUUAAUUAAUUAAGAUGGAUUAGAUCUUAUUAUAAAAUUGCUCAAAUUAGAUCCAGAACAAAGAUUAUCCUGUUCUUAAAGUCUUUAGCAUGUAAUUCUAUUAUUUUUACUCUUAGUCCUUCUUUAGAUGAUCCAUAUUUAAAUUUUCUUAAUACUAUAAUAAUAUUUAUAUAUAUAUAUAUAUUUCUACUAUCUCCCAAUUUCAUAGAAUGAGAUUAAAUAAUAUUAUUUCAUUAAUUACAAAAGUUAAGAAAUAAAUCAAAGAAAUUUAAUUAAAAUGAUAAAACCAAUGAAAAUGUACAUUAGUUCUGAAAAAAUACAUGUAUUUAAAUUGAUUUAAAUAAGAUUGUACCAGACCCCUAAAUAUGUGGAUUUGAUAAGUCCCUUACAAUAGAUAAAUAAUAUUUUACAAUAUAAGUUAAUUAAACUAUGAUUGAAUCAGUCAUAUAAGAAAUAGGAAUUUUUGGAAUUGUAGGUGUUUAUAGAUUUUAUGGCAAACUUAACUUACUUUAUAUAGCUGAGGCAAAUUAGGUUUGCAAAAUAAAUGGUUAAAUCAUAUAUGAAAUAGUUUCGAUAUCAAAUAUUUUAUAGAAUCAAUUUUCUUCUAUGGAGCAAUAAAGCAUUAAAAAUAUUGAAACCUAUUUUAGUAAAUGCACAUAUUUCUCAUUAUAAUAUGAUUUGACAAUACCAUUAUCAUAAUAACAUCAACCUGAAUAAAGUGAAAGGAGUAUGAGAUUUUGGUGGAAUUUUCAUGGUUAUAAAACUUUUUUGGCAAAUUCUAUUCCAAAGUGUUGGUGCAUUAAAAUAAUUUAAGGAUAUGUUGGAUUAGGAUUAUGUGAAAUAAAAACUCAAUAAAAAUAGAAAUUAACAUAUAUUUUAAUUUCAAGAAGAGAAACUCUAAGAGGAGGCACUCGAUAUAAUCAUAGAGGAUUAAAUAAUGAUGGUGCAGCAGCAAAUACAGUGGAAACAGAAUAAUUAAUUGAGUAUUAAGAGAAAUUGUAUUGUCAUCUAUAAAUCAGAGGAUCUGUUCCAGUAUUUUGGGAAUAGAUAGGUAUUCGUGCAAUAUCAUAAAUUACAUAAACUACAGAAUAAACAAAAAUGGCUAUAACAAAACAUCUUAUGAAUUUAAAGAAGUAUUUUGGAUCUCUUUUAUUAAUUGAUUUAAUGGCUGUUGAUAAACCAAAUGAAGCAAUCAUAAGUUAAACUUAUAAAGAGUAAUUAAAUUGUUUAUUUAUUUAGAAUGAUCAAUAUGAUCAAUCUACCUUAAAUACAACAUUAAUAAAUUGAUUUUAAAUAAUAUUGUAAAAACUAUAAAUUUGAAAAACUUAAUCCAUAAAUUAUUUAAAAUAAAGACAUUUUAAUUUAAUAAUCUUAUACUAAAUUUUAGAAUGGAAAAUUAAGUAAGUAUAAUUAUUAAUACUUAAAUUAGUGAAUAUUUAGAAUGGAGUUGUAAGAACUAAUUGUUUAGAUUGUUUAGAUAGAACUAAUGUAUUUUAAACAAAAAUAGCAUUUUUUAUAACAAAUCUUAUAUUAAAUGAUCUUGGUAUUAAUAUUCCAAUAGAAUUUAGAUGUGAAACUAUUUUAGAUUUAGUAAAAAUAUAGUUAUUAAAUUAUUAGUCAGAUUAAGAAAAAGUUCAUGAUCUAAUUAAAUUGAUUAAAAUUUUAUGGGGUGAAAGUGGAGACAAUAUUUCUAGACUCUAUGCAGGUACAAAUUCAUCAACUACUAAAAUCUAAAAGACUGGAGGUAGUAGUUGGACUGGUAUAAUAGAACAUGGUUUAAAAGGUUUUCAUAGGUAAUUGUUAAAUUGGAUUUUAGAUUUUAUAAUUAGAAUGUUACAGAUGAAGAGAAAUAAAAUAUUUAUUCAUUUAUAGUUGGAGAGAAUUAACAUUAAAAUAAAUAAUUUUUGGGAAUGGUUGAAUAAAUGUCAUAACAAUCACCUAUUAUUCAUAAAAAUUUAUUGUUAAUGGUUAUAGGAUAUGAUGCUUAGAAUUAGACAAUAAAAGAUUUCUUUCAUUUAAUUGAUUCUAGAUAGUAAAAAUUAAAUUACAAUAAUUAUAUAGAAUACCAUAAUUCAUAAUAGUAUUAUUUUAAAACAUUGUUAAAAUAUGUUAACCUUGCAAUUAUAUCAAAGAUUAAAUGUAAUCAUCGAUUAGAUCUUAAUUAGGAUAAUAUGAAUGUGCUUAUGCUAGUUAGAAUGUAAUUAUUAUACUAUUAAAUUAUAGGAAAAUUAAUAUAGUUUUAUAUUUACUAAAUAAUGUAUUUAAAAUGCUGAUUUUAAAGAUUAUAUUUUAAAGUAAGGUGAUAAAGAAUUAGGAAUUGUUUAAACUUUUAAUUAUGAAGAUUAACGAUUUUAAAUUAUUAAUUUAAAUGUUAAUUGUUAAGAAUUAUUAAUGUAUGAAAAAAAGAUAAUUGAAGGAAUUAAAAAUAAAAAUAUCAAUUUUAAUAUAUCAAUUCUUGGUGGAAUUUGUAAUUCACAAAUAUUAAUAGAGGAAUCUAUUGAAGACUUUUGUAGUAAGAAUAAAAAAGAUCCUAUCUCUUUAUUAUUUUAAAAAGAUUAAUUAUGUUAGUGUUUUGAAAUAUCUUAGUUGUUGAAAAACUACCAAGAACCCUAUAUAAGUUUUUUACCAAAAAAUGGAUCCAAAAGUUGGCCAAAUAGAAUCUUAUAUGGACCAUUAGAAUCAUAGGAUGCUUAUAAUAUUUUAGCAUAUGAAGAAUCAAUUAGUAAUGGUAUUAGAUUACUAAUUACAAUUGAUUUUGAAAUACUUGGUUUGAAUAGUUAAAAAAUUAUAAAUAAUGAAGAGGAGGAUGAUGAUAUAAGAUAUUCAUAAUAAUUCUACUAAGUUACAGAAGAAAAUGAUGAUUUCGAAAUAAUUACAUGA